GUUCUCGUUUUUUUUAUUAGAGUUGAAAGUUUCCAUUUAUUUAUGAGAUAAGUGAAGUGAAUCAAGUGAGAGAGGAGAGAUAAUGAUUAAAUUUAAUCUGUAAAGGAAUAAUAAUAAAUAGUGCACAUAGACAGCAAGCUAUUAAAGGUUGAAUAAACUCUAUAGACGUAGAGUGAGAUUAUAAAUGCAAUGUUGAUGUCUCUGUGACAUAGAAAAUAAAAUAAAAAUAUAAUCAAACGAGGAAAGUGUUAGUUCUCAUUCAGUCGAGUCAAGAGAAAGAAGGAAGAAGAAAGUGAUAAUAAGAAGACAAACUAGUGUUGCAUCAGAUAGAAUAUAAUAAUAAAGAAAAAAGACUAAAUGAAGAAAACAUUUCUGUGAGCCACAAGCGAAACAAGAAGGAUACGAUGAAGGCAGUUUUCAGGAAAAUUUUUAAAAGUUCGUCAAAGGAUAAAGUUGCUGGUGCAACGACAAACAACAAUAAUAAUAAUAAUAACAAUAAUAAUAUCAACAAUAACAAUAGCUCUAAUAACACGGAACAGCAACAAGAGGAAAUAAAUGUGAAUAAAAAUGUCGUAGCAAGUCCAGCGAGGAGAGUUAAAUGCAAUACAAUAGCACCAAGCAGCGGUAAGGCAAAGCUUCCAAUCGUACCGAAAAUUGAUUCGACAAUUCGAGCCAAACGUUUAAUGAAAGAGUUAAAAGACCUGCAAAAGCAACAGGGAGAUUUAAAGGACGAUAGAAUAUUCACGGCUGAUUUGAUUAAUGAUAAUUUAUUCGAAUGGCAUGUAAAAUUAUUUAAGAUUGAUCACGAGUCGCCAUUAGCACAAGACAUGGUGGAAUUGGAUGUACCAUUUAUACUCCUGCAUUUAAUAUUUCCUGAUAAUUUUCCAUUUGCUCCGCCAUUCAUGCGUGUGGUUGAACCGAGAAUUGAGAAAGGCUAUGUCAUGGAAGGCGGUGCAAUCUGUAUGGAGCUACUAACACCAAGAGGAUGGGCAUCAGCAUACACAAUAGAAGCCGUCCUUAUGCAAUUUGCUGCUAGUUUGGUGAAAGGACAGGGAAGAAUUUGUCGGAAGUCAAAAGUUAAUAAAGAAUUUAAUCGUCGAACAGCAGAGGACGCAUUUAGGUCGCUUGUAAAAACACACGAUAAAUAUGGAUGGAUUACACCAGCAUUGCAAGAAGGUUAAAGAGAAUGUUAUCAUCAUCUAUUCGUUCAUGUUGCAUGUUCUAUCUCUUCUUCUAACCAUUUCCUUCUUUUUAUGUUCCUUUGUUCUUCUGUUGAACUUUGAGGGCAAGCUGUGGGAUGGGAGGGAGAGAAUGAGAAUGAUAAAAUACUGCAUGCAUGAUGUUAGAAAGUUCAUGCAAAAGAGUAUUAUGUCAGUCGUGUGACGUAAGGACAUUCUCGUAGCAUUUUUCAUUACACAACUUCGUCUUUGCUCUGUAAACGACACUUUGGAACUUUUGUUAUGAUAAACUUGGUCGUCAUCAGUCAAAUGUAAUGGUUGUGCAUGAUAGAAAAUGCUAGAUGAUGCUGAUGUGCUUGUUUUUCUUCUGCAUCAAUGAUUUUUUACUGAAUUUCAUCAUCACAGAUGCAUUAUCAAGUUCAUGGACUGAUAGGUUGACUAUUAUGUAUGGAUAUUUACUUGUAUGUCAAUCAUGUACAGUCUACUAGGCAUUUAUGUAUGUCUGUCAAGAUAAAACAAUUUAUUCUUGAACAUUAUUCAAUAUUUUAUGUAGAUUUCAAGGUUCUGAAUUGAAAAUAUUAUGUUGUCGGAUCAGAGCUGUCUAUAGCUUAAUCGUUCAAUAUGAGAGCAGGCUCUCCAUAUUUGAAGGGUUAGGUAACAUGUUAGGAAUUUAUGACUCUAUGGAGACACAGGUUUGAUACCUAUCUAAGCCUGACUUCUCAGUCGGUUACGAAUAUUGCUGUCUAUUUGAUAAGCUUCAAUGCUGACGACAUCACAAUACAUAAUCGACCAAUAGUUGCUGUGACAGCAAAAUAUUUUAGCAGUAAACUUUUUUGCAUAGUCACCCAAUUUCACAAUUUUCCAAUCCAAUAAACCUAUUCAGCUUCAUUUCUCUCAUUCUCUCCCAAUCCCAUACAAAAUCUAAAGUUCAACAGAUUCUCACUUUAUAAUUAAUUCGGAUGAUAAUAGCUAACGAUAAUUCAAAAAUUGAUAACAGAAUGUAAUUACCAAGUGGUAUUAAAAUUGGAAGAGAUGACUUGUAAUUAAUGUAUUCAAAUGAAGGAUGUGGGCGAUGAAACUUUAAAGAAAUAUUACACAGACAAUUUGUGUUACUGUCUCUGUCUGGUAUGGAUUGUCUGGAAAUAUGAGAAUUUAUUUAAUUGAUCGCAGCCAAAUCAUAGAUUCUGUUGACUAUAAUUUUUGGAUUUAUGAAAGUUUUUCUCUCAGCUAAUUGCUUUGAAAAGUUUUUCGUCGUAUUACUCGAAGCAGUCAAGCCACAAUGCUAAUUGCUGUAUGACAAAUAGUAACCAGAACUUUUAUUUUGUAUCCCUGCGGUCUCUUACCACAGUCGGAUUUUGUUACGUAGACUAAUUCCAAAUUCAAUUUUCUCCAUCUGAACACAGAGGCAAAGUCGCCCAUCCGUUCAGAUCCCAAAAAUAAUUUCUUUUUUAUACUCUAAUGUUCACAGUCUCGCCAUGAUGUCUCUUGUACAAAU